GAUGGCUUGCUUUGACAGAAAGAAGUAAUGGGCGAGAGCGACCGCGCUGAAAGGGAGAGAAGGAGGAGGGCACAUUCAACUACACCUGCCUCAACUGGAGUGGAGACUUCUACCGCAACGGACAGUCUUCCUCAAUAGCCUGUCAUAUUUUUCCCACUCAUUCCAUAUUUUCUUUACCCAGAGGUGGUUGUGAUUUAAACAGAGGAAAACACAUCGCACUAAACUAAACAACAACAAACAAAAAAAGAUAAUAAUAAAUCUAAUUGAUAAUCUUCUACAGCCUGCAUCAACUUCCACUGAUUUUAGUGCUGAGCUUGGACGCUACGUUUGCUUAUCAAAUGCUAGCGUAGUUCUUUAUCGCAAGCUUGUAUCCUGGUUCUGAGGAUUGCUUGAGACUGUUUUAGGGAGUCGGAUUGUAGUUGUUUUUUUUUGGGGGGAACGUAAAAGUUUUGAAUUGAAGAACCAAGUAGGCUACAACAGAACUGUGUGGCGUCAAACCAUUUGAGGAAUGUAUCGAUAAUCUUCUGUUGUACAGUCGAAAUUGGAGUCUCGUUUUGCAGUGUAUUGAAAACACAAACAUCCAAAGAGGUUACCCCCACAGCCAGUUACCAUGGCAGCAGCUCCACUCCUCCUCUUUCUCCUGUGUUUAUGCAUCUGUGGUCUCCAUGGUACCCCUCGCUCGGCCCCCAGAGUGCACCUGUCCUUCAAAGAGCUGAUGGACACAAAAACGAUCCGGCCCUUCAGCUUCUCCUUCAACACCAGCGACUAUCGCAUCCUGCUGAUGGACCAGGACCAGGGCCGGCUGUACCUGGGCAGCCGCGAGUACCUGGUGGCCCUCGACAUGCACAACAUCAACAAGGAACCUCUCAUAAUCCACUGGCCAGCGUCUACCCAGAGGAAGGGGCAGUGUAUGAUGACUGGAAAAGGAGGACAGGGGGAGUGUGCCAACUUUGUGCGGCUGAUCGAACCGUGGAACCGGACUCACCUGUACGCCUGUGGCACCGGAGCGUACCGGCCCAUGUGCACCUUUAUCAACCGCGGCUGGAAGGCUGAGGACUACGUGUUCCGGCUGGUCCCGGGGUACCAGGACUCAGGCAAGGGGAAGUGCUCCUAUGACCCCAAUCAGGAGAACAUCGCUACCCUCAUCAAUGGGAAUCUGUACGCGGGGGUGCACGUGGACUUCAUGGGUACAGACCCGGCAGUGCUCCGCACCCUGGGGGGCCGGCCCCCCGUCAGGACGGAGCAGUACGACUCCCGGUGGCUCAAUGAGCCGGUGUUUGUUCAGAUCCAGUACAUCCCUGACAGCUCAGAAAGGAACGACGAUAAGCUCUAUUUCUUCUUCCGGGAGAAAACCCUGGAGUCAGGAGGCGGGGCCAGCCCAAGCGUGCUAUCCCGGGUCGGCCGCAUCUGUCUGAAUGAUGAUGGUGGUCAGAAGUCACUGGUGAACAAGUGGACAACCUUCCUGAAGGCUCGGCUGGUCUGCUCCGUGAUCGGCGAGGACGGAGUGGAGACCUACUUUGAUGAACUGAGGGAUGUUUUUAUCCUGCCAACUCAAGAUGAACGCAGUCCUGACGUGUAUGCUGUGUUCUCCACGGCUGGCUCUGUGUUUAAAGGUUCAGCAGUGUGUAUGUAUUCCAUGGCUGACAUCCGCAAUGUCUUCAACGGCCCAUUCUCCCACAAGCAUGGCCACAACUACCAGUGGACUGCCUACACUGGCAAGAUCCCCUACCCCCGACCCGGGACGUGUCCUGGUGGCACCUUCACCCCGGACCUUCGCUCCACCAAGGAGUUCUCGGACGAGGCGAUCAACUUUGUGCGCAACCACCCGCUCAUGUACCACCAUGUGUACCCAGUGCACAAGCGCCCCCUGGUGGUGCGCACGGGUGUGGAUUACCGCUUCACCACCAUUGCUGUGGACCUAGUGGAUGCGGUGGACGGCCGGUACGAGGUGCUGUUUCUGGGCACAGACCGUGGAACAGUCCAGAAAGUCAUAGUCCUUCCAAAGGAUCCCAACACCUUAGAGGAGCUCAUUCUGGAGGAAGGGGAGGUCUUCAGGACUGCAGCUCCUGUCAAAACAAUGAGAAUUUCCUCCAAGAGGCAACAGCUGUACGUGUCGUCGGAGGCGGGGCUGACGCAGGUGGCCCUGCACAGGUGUCCAGUGUACGGCAAGGCCUGCUCCGACUGCUGCCUGGCCCGGGACCCCUACUGCGCCUGGGAUGGAGAGAGCUGCGCCCCGUUUACACCCGCAACCAAGAGGAGAAGCAGGAGGCAGGACAUUAAACAUGGCGACCCUCUCCGCCAGUGCAGAGGCUUCAACGCUAAAGUUGAGAAGCGUCUAAGAGAGACAGUGCAGUUUGGAGUGGAGGGCAGCAGCACAUUUUUGGAGUGCCAGCCCAGGUCCCCACAGGCCACCGUCAAAUGGCUGUUUCAAAAAGAUGGACGUCGGAAAGUGCUGAGUCGAGACCGGGAGGUGUUGAAGACAGGUCAUGGGAUCCUGUUGAAGUCAGUCACACAGUCUGACGGGGGUGUGUACCACUGCGUUGCCACGGAGAACAGGUUCAAACACACGGUGGCUCGUGUGUCACUGCGCAUCCUGGACCGGGAGAUCGUGGAGGCACUCACCUCACCCGACGGGCCCCCCGAGCAGCAGCAGCACCCGCCGCCACCGCCGCCCCCACCCCAGGCCGAGGUCCGCCUCAUCAACCAGUACUGCCAGUCCUACUGGCACUAGCUGGGCACCAAACCGCCCAAACGCACCAGCCGGAGGCACACCGAAAGCCAGGACUACUGAGACCCACCCCCCCACCCCGUCCAUCCAUCCCCACUUCCCUGCACACCCAAUGCUGGGACUGCUCAGAAUCUGCCCCUGACCCCAUCUCAUGACCCCACCCUUAACCCCUGACCCCAUUCCUCUGCAUGGCGAGUGCCGGACUCACACUGAGACUGAUACUCCGGCCUGACUCCUGUCCAGCCCUGGCCCCACCCCCCUGCAUGCUGAGAGUCAGGACAAACCCCCCCCAACCCCCCCAUUCAGCCUAAAUGCCCCCACCAUGCUGAGGGUAUUAUGGAUUCAGGGAUGGGCAGGGAGGGUCACAUCUUUAUCUGCAUUUUCACACCAACUUCUGCUCUUAACUUAUCUAAUUUCCCCGUCCUUUUACCUGCCCUGACAUUUAAGCCACAUGUCUGGAUAAGCUGAUGAAUGACUGCGGAAUUUUUUUGUCCCUAUAUGAAUCAUUUUACUGUGAUCUGAUCCUCUGGUGAACCAGCAUUGCAUAUACAGCUAAUUGAGCCUGGAGAAUUGGUGGGAACAAAAACCUGAAAACACAUCGCCCCUCCAGUAAUGGUUGCCUGCCCCUCUUGUGGAUCCCUCUCUGCUAAAAACACUUGUUCACACGUUCACUUUCUGCAGGUGUGGGGUUGCCUGACAGAGGCCCCAGACCCCAACCACUCCUGGAUAUCUUGGACAGGCCCUGCACUGCUGUGCGAUUGGGUAUCAUUUGCUAGGCACUUUGUUGUAGCUGCAUAAAGCAGUGUAGAAUAAGUUGUUUCAAAGCCACAGAAAAUAAACAAAUAACCUCUUACACUGGUAAAACAAAGACUCAAGUCGAGUCAGUUUUCCCUGAGGAAAGUUUGUUGGGUCUGUAUGUGCAAUUAAAUAUGAGUGAGACCACAAACUUUUCAUUACAAAAGAUUUUUUCAAUGUAAGCUGUGCUCAAACAGUAAGAACAGAGAACAACAUAGAAUACAAUAGGAUGCAUAAAGCUAAGAUGAGUCAAACAAAAGCUGUCCUUUUGGUUCACAUUACAACAAGCAUAGAGCUAAGGGGCGUCAGUGGAACAUAAGCCACCAUUUUGGAGCCUGCUGAAUGGCACACAUAGAACAAAGGGGCGGAGCCGAGAUGAAAUCAAACUUUGGGAAAAUUAUGUUGGCUACAAAUCAACUACAUCUCACAAAGGGGCAUGAAACACAAGCGCGUCAACUCAAGAUCCUAUCCUUUGAGGCUUUGGAGCAGCCAUUUGACCCGCUUAGCGUUGAUAAUAAUUCCAUGUAUUCUCCCUAUGUCAGGACUGUGUAUUCGCCCUAUGUCAGGGUUCCAACAAAAUCAUACCCCAACCACAGGAGCUUUCUAAUACACGUGUGUACCAUAUAUUUAAUAUGUGUGUCAUGAAUCAUUUUCAUGAAUUGCUAAGUGCAAUCAUGUUUCACUGUGUAAAAUUGAUAGGUGUAGUAUUCCAUAUGUAUUUAUUUUCCCCUCAUGGGUUUUCAUUUGCACAGAAGCCACCUCUGAAUGAAUCAUUUCCACAGCAGGUCCUCAGGUAUGUCUAUCAGUGUGCACAGACAGGCCCUGGUGCACCAGGGCUCACACUCUGUUAGGUAGAGCUUUCACAUUGAGCAUGUGGUCAAUGUGUUGCAUCGAUUGAUUUAUUCAUUUGGAUCAAUUUAAGCUUACAACCGAUUUUAGAUGAAUUCUGCUGCAUGGUUAGGAUAUUCCACCCCGUUUCAGUAACACUAAUCUCAAUUUAGCAAGGUCCUUGUCGUUAAUGAGUCUUUGAAAAUGUUUCUGUUUUGUUGUGCCUUUUUUUGAAGGGAGGGAUUAAUGUGACACAGGAUUUAGCAAAUGUUUGUACCAAUAUGACAAAGGAUUUUGCAAAUGGAAAAUCCAUAGCAACCAUAGCACCCUCCUUCUUUUUGGUGUUGGGAUAUUUUAUUCUUAACUGUUUAAAACUGGUCAAUCAAAAUGAAAGGGAAUUUUAAAAUGAAAGUUGUUAUUUCUAGUGUUUUGUACUGCCCUCCUAAUACUUAGGUAUUUUUUUAUGUUUGGCUUCUAUUUAAGGGAAUUUGCAGUAACAGUUACUGUAUAUAGCUAUCGCCUUUAACAAGUGUGCUUCACAGCUAAUGUAAAGUAGAUCAGUGGGCUGAUCCAGAGCACUGAUACACUAGUCCAUAUCUAGAUGACCAAACAUAUUACAAGAUCAGAAAGGACCAAACCGAUCCAACAUUACCAUGUCAAUCAUCUACUGGACCUUGGAAAGGAUUCCUGGCCCGUGCUUGUUUGUAACAGUUCACUGUGUGCAUCUUUAAUGAAACAGAGCAAUCUGCUGUCAUCUGUGACAGAGAAAGGAAGGAUGUGUACACGCUGUGCUGAACCAGUCACGGUGAAAUACCAAAAGUGUGCGGGUCCCGGUGUGAAAGGUUCCACCAUUAUGUUCCUUAUUUAUGUAGAUUACACAUGGCAGGCUUUGAUUUGUUAGGCAAAUGGAUGCACACGUUCUGAUCUCUGUACUGAGAGGCUUUAAGAUUGUUGGACCAAAAAUGACCUCAUUCUCUUGGACAAGACUGAUGAGACUUGUGUGAAUGAAAGCAGGAGUUCCAUAAACAAGGGUGGAUCUGUGUUAAUAAUUCUUCAAAUAAACACAGAUGUGGAAAAUCCUGACCCAAUGCUAUUCCAGUACAAAGUCCCAAGAGGAGAACAGGUGUGUGUAUCUGUGUUAGUGCUGCAUCAUCCUUAUGGUUGGUUUGUAGGGUUUUUACAUUCUCUAAUUAUUGAAUUAAGUUAAAUUGGUUUAAUAAUUCCCUUCCUCUCCACCCCAUCUGAUUUGUUGUGCACGUGGGUGAUACACACUGGUGGUGCUUGAAGUUUCAACACUUCACUAUGAAGUGCUUACAGUUUAUGACAUCAACUGAAAGGUUCUAUAUAAAUUCAAUGUCGUAUUUGGUAAUCAUGGGAUUGGGGCCUCAUUCCAGAAAAAUUCCCUAACUGCUUGUCCGAUCUUAACUUAAGCUUCAAAGAUAGGAAAAAUCCUAUCUUCCUAUUACAGAAGCAAUUCCUAAACUCAUGGCUGUGUCCUAUCCUAUCUGAGACCUCAUAUCUUAUCUUAACUUAAGAAAUCCUAACUAGAACUGUAAACUCGAUUCUUCAAUCGGCACUCGUCCUGUUAUGCCUGUAUCUGUGUUUAGAAUGUACACAAGACUGCCUGUAUCCUUGAUUAGAAUGUAAUAUCAACGGCUGUCUCACUUCACUUGUCACUGGCUGGUGACCUCUGUGAGGUUACGUGAGACGCAAGGUUGUGAUGUUAAAGACAGAUCUGCAACCUCAGUCUGGAAGUCACUCUUAGCAAAAAAACGAAGUGCGUGUGUGAUCCGUACGACCACUGACAGAGCCGCAUGCCUCCUUGUAGGCCUCUCCAGAGCCCGUCAUAGCAUGUCGAUCUGAUUCAAAAUUAAUUGUCUUGGCAGUCGAUAUAUACCCAUUAAUACAUGGUCCGGGAAAUUUAAAGCGUCAUCAUACGGUUUGAGUAGCCUUUCAAUCAUAAUAUUUUGGGGUUCAGGUUGUGCCCCAUCUUCAUUGUCAUUACCAUACAUAACUAAAAACAGUGUGCUGUGCUGCCAUUUUUGGCAGUUAUUUAUAUUUAGGACAGGGUCUAUGCCAUCCUAACUUAGGAAAUUCUUCAGUUAGGACGGUUCUGUAAUAGCUAAACUCCUACCCUAAGAUAAGAUUUUUUCCUAAAUGCAGUUAGGAAACAUGUUUCUGUAAUACCAAAAAUCCUAGAUGUCAUCCUAAACUGAGAUAAGAUUUCAGACAUAGGAAGUUUCUGUAAUGAGGCCUCUGGUUCCAGAUCAACAAUGUCAGCAGAACAACAGGACCCUUCAUGGUCAGUGUAGAUAUGAAUUUUAGAGUGAUUUGUUUUUGGCUGCCAGUGUAUUUGACAAUUGAAAGCUGGUCUGUGGUUUAAACCCCUUUUAAUCUCUGACUUUUGACUUUCCCAUAAGCCUGUGCUGCUUGCUGUACCAAUUGGUAUUUCCGAUAUUUAUUUGUGGAUGUACAUAUUAAUGUGAUCUGUGUAUGUUGAUGUUGGGGGAACAGGAUGUUUUAUGUGUUUUGUUCAAAAGGGUUGGUGUGCAUUGAGGGGCAGAACUUUCUAGACACCUGCAGUUACAUGUUUAUACAUACAGUAUAUGCCCCGCAGUGUUAGCUUCUCAAACUUAAUUGCAUGUAAUGCUGACAUUAAAGGUGAAAUCUGGUCAAUGAUUUUAUUGUGUUUUUAUUUUGAAUAUUAUUGUGAUGGUUUUGGUUUUGCCUUCUCAAUGAGAUUUGGACCAUUUUGUUAUUUUUUGCCUGUUUAACCAUUCCAGUAGGGAUAAAUAUAAUCGCAUAAAUUAGCAAUUUCUGCUGUUUGUGUUAUGAUCCAUUUCAUUAGAGAUAGAUUUAUGUAUAAAUUAAAUCUCUAGUUUCUGGAUUCCCCUGGUUUCUCAUUUAGCUGCUAUUUUCUGUAGUUUUAUGAUGUUCAGUUAAACUGUUAAACUGGUCAAUAUGUCAAAUAGUGACUAGGUCACAUGGCCUUCAUUGGAUUACGUUUAUUGUUGUUUUGACCCGAAAGAAAGUUCAAAGUCUACCUCUUUGAACCCAUUUGGUGAAAAUUGUUUGUAGCAAAAUAAGUCAAAAUAAAAUUCAGUUUGACCCAUCCCA